UAAAACCAUCCGGAGCAGUCUGGGGCGGCUCAGUUCUGCAGCGCCAGGGAGCGGAGCAGAGCCCGGCCCUGCACCAAACACAGAUGGGACCAUGAUCUCCAGCCACAACUUUAGCCAGACCCUCUCAGGCUCCUUCCAUGGCACAGGAGGCAGCUGGGGCCAGCUGGGGAGCUUCCCUCGGGCUCCCAGUGUCCACGGGGGUGCCGGGGGCGUCCGCGUCUCCCUUUCCUUCAGCUCGCCAAGCUGCCUGCCUCCUGGAGGGUCUUGGGGAUCCAGAAGAGGCAAUUCCCUCCCAGGCAGGAAUGGGAAGGAGAUGAUGCAGAACCUCAAUGACCGCCUGGCCUCCUACCUGGAGAAGGUACGUGCCCUGGAGGAGGCCAACGAGCAGCUCGAGAGUCGCAUCCUGAAGUGGCAUGAGCAGAGAGAUCCUGGCAGUAAGCAAAAUUACUCCCAGUAUGAGGAAAACAUCAGCCACCUGCAGGAGCAGAUCAUGGAUGGCAAGCAGACCAACGCUCAGAUCACUCUUCUCAUUGACAAUGCCAGGAUGGCAGUGGAUGACUUCGGCCUCAAGUACGAAAAUGAACACUCCUUCAAGAAAGAUUUGGAAAUUGAAGUUGAAGGUCUCCGAAAGACCUUGGAUGAUCUGACCAUUGUCACAACAGAUCUGGAACAGGAGGUUGAGGGGAUGAGGAAAGAGCUCAUUCUCAUGAAGAAGCGCCAUGAGCAGGAAAUGAUAGAACGUCAUGUGCCAAAUGACUUCAAGGUCAAUGUGAAGGUGGAUGCAACUCCAGGAGAGGAUCUAAUUAAGAUCCUGGAGGAUAUGAGACAGGAAUAUGAGUUUAUAAUAAAGAAGAAGCAUCAAGAGUUGGACACUUGGUAUAAAGAGCAGUCAGCAGCCAUGGCGCAAGAAGUGGUCAGUCCAGCAGCUGUGCCAAGUAGCCAAAGUGACAUCCAUGAGCUGAAGCGCACUUUCCAGGCCCUGGAGAUUGACCUGCAGGCGCAGUGCCACAGGAAAUCUGCUUUAGAGAACAUGCUGUCAGAGACCCAGUCCCAGUACUCCUGCCAGCUCCGGGACAUGCAAUACGUCAUCUCCCACUAUGAGGAUGAACUGACACAGCUACGCCAUGACCUGGAGCGGCAGAACAAUGAAUACAAGGUCCUCCUGGGCAUCAAGACCCACCUGGAGAAGGAAAUCGCCACCUACCACCAGCUCCUGGAGGGAGAGAGCGAGGGGACGAUGGAAGAAUCAAAGUCAAGUGUGAAAGCAUCUGCAGCUCCAAAGAUCAAGGCCAUCACACAGGAGAGCAUCAACGGAAGAAUAAUUCUUUCUCAAGUGAAUGAGAUCCAAAAGUAUGCAUAAAGCCAAAAAACGUUUCUGCCUAUUGUAAGGGCUACUUUUCCCCAAUAGAAAUCUUUGCCCAGACAUGAUGGGUGAGUCCUAAGAGGUAUCCUUGGAGUUUUCAAUCUCAGAAACUUUUUCCCCCCUCUGGAACAAUGUCACCAGACAUUCCAUAACAAUAUACUGCUGCACUUAAUAUACUGCUGCACUUUCUGAAUCACAGUAUGAGUUCAUGAGCAUAAAGCUCUACUUUACUACUACAGUCUUCAGAUUGCCAUCACUGUGUAUCUGUUUUGUAGCCAAUAAAACUUUACACCUGGUGCAUCAUGUCUUUGUUUAUGUCACAUCAUAUUUAUGUCAUUGUUAUAUCAAUGUCUCAUCCUAACAAGGGAUUCUCUGGGCAUUGUCCAUGAAAGAAAGGGAGCUUAAUGCUUUGAACAUGUCUGCAGCAGCCAAACACUGGGCAGAAUUGUUACCUUGCAGAUAUGCAACCAAGGGAAAGAUGUGGCUCAUGAGGCUCUCCACACCUCUGCCAGCAGAAGGGGGAAAACAGAGAAAGGGAGGCCUAAGAAAGCCUCGCUGAGAAUGUAAGAUGACCAAACAGUAUUCUGUCUCACAUACAGGCAUACCUACAUAACCUUAAGGGCCUAAAAGAAAGUUAAAGCUAGAAAAGGGAAGUCAGGGGCACCUGGGUGGCUCAGUCCAUUAAGCAUCUGCCUUCCGCCCAGGUCACGAUCUCAUCGGUUCAUGCGUUCAACCCCUGGUAGAGCUCUCUGCUGUCCACACAGAGCCCGCUUCAGAUCCUCUGUCCCCUUCUCUCUCUGCUCUUCCCCCACUGUUUCUCUCUCUCUCAAAAAUAA